AUCAUGGCUGACGCGUCCUUCAGGGACGUCCCGGAGAUAUUCGAAGUCGAGCUCGGCGAAUCUCUCACUUCUCGGACGGAAUGCCUAUCUACAUUCCGCGAACUUGGUCCUCCUGACUUGGUGCACGUUCUGAAGAGCACGGGGCGGAGUGGGCAACGAGAUCUCGGGUCGUACCACUAUGUCUCUGGAGUCGAUGCUUCCUCCUCUGCAUCACUAGCGGCAUACAUCAACUCGCUCACAUACAACAUCGAAGAGGAAGCUGGUUGGUUCUCCAAGGGAACAACAUGGAAAGUGAAGAGUGGUUGCUACUGUUGCUUCAACGCGUUCUCUCGAGUGGAUGUUCGGGUGGACGUCAAGAUACCCGGUGGGGUACAGGCGUAUGUUGUGGAUUUACGUGGCGAAAGACACGAGGCUACUCCUGAAAUCUGGCAAGAAACAUCCCUGUCUGCUCUCCUUCGUGCGAUCCUCUACUCAGACGAUCCCACGUAUUGGCUGGAGGCAUACCGCAAACUCGACCCUAUCACCAAUCCCGAGGGCGAACUUCGGUUUCUGCAAGCUGCUGAGGCCCUGUUCUUAAAAGGGUGGCAAGUUGGCUCGGACCCUGAGAUUCAGGUCGCCACCGUCGUGUCCAACCAUCUUACUGCGGCUCUCAUGAAGUACUUCGGAGACAGCGGCCGCUUCCAGUACGCCGCAAAUCUGUUCGAGAAGAUAACUGCAAAGGAACCCGAAGUUGCAUCGUUGCUAGCGAAGAGUUAUCUUGGCAUGAACGAGGAAGUCAAGGCUGCUCAGAUCAUGGCUUCAGCGAUCAAGCAGACACCACAAUCAUAUACCCUCCUCCAUGUACAAUGUGAAUUCCUCCGUUCCAAAGGCAAGCACGAAUGGGCACUCAGGCUUGCACGACAAGCCGUCAACUGUGCACCAAGCGAGUUCGUGACAUGGGAGAAGCUCACAGAGUGCUAUAUUGAUCUGGGCCAAUAUGAGAACGCACUUCUUACCCUCAACUCAUGUCCCAUGUUCACCUACAAUGGCCGGGACGCACACAGAAACCUCACCCCCGCCCGUGUGCAUCUUCCCCCGAAGGGUACGAUCGUGGAAAUUCUUCCCGAGCGGAUAAAGACGGAGGACGACGAGGCCGAUCCCGCCCUUCUCCGUCUGCCUGCACCGGGCCUUCGUGGUACAUGGGCCCGUGCGUAUGCCCUCUUAACCCGCCUUGUGUCGCAGAUAGGCUGGGACGAGCUCCUCAAGACGAGGAGCUCCGUUUUCGUCAUGGAGGAGGAGUACCGGAUGCAGAAGGCGCACGCCGAUGCACAGCCACAUUCUGCAAAGCAGGUCAUCCACGAGGACGGCUCUGUAGCUUCACCCCAACGCGGGGCGUCUAUUCAAGGGAAGGCAGCUGCUGACGACGAUGCGUCGACCCGUGGUAUGGCCUCCCCCAAUGACUCCGCAUCGGACCAGGACGGACAUGAUGAGAAGCCUGAGGGCGACGCAGACUCGGUUACUCUUGCCUCUACCAACGGUCUGCCUACGAUCCGCAUCUCGACUGAGAGCGCAAGAGAGCAGAAGGCUGCUGCGAACGGACAUGAUGAGGCGAAUGAGAAUGGCGUCAAGGAGACCGUAGGCGAUGCGCUCGAGAAGCCCGUCCAGGCCGCUGAGAACCAGGACGGUGACGGCGGUCAGACGCCGUCGCAGGAGCCGUUCUCAUUCAGCAACAAGCGGCUAUGCGAGCGGUGGUUGGAUAACUUGUUCAUGGUCCUGUAUGAGGAUCUGCGCGUUUGGACCAUAUUUCGUGCAGAGGUCGCCCAUUUCAAGACGCAGCACGUUGCGUACCGCAAGACUGGGCUGGAGUGGGAGAUUUUGGGCGAUCUCGGUAUGCGCUUGCAUCACAAGGAAGAGGCAAAGGAGGCAUACCAGCGCUGUCUCGACACCCCGCGCUACUCUUCGAAGCCGUGGUCCAAGCUUCUGGACAUGUACGCAGACGAGGGUGAUAUCCAGCGCUCGCUUCAGGCCGCGGUCCGCGUAGCUGCGUAUCAGUGGGGCGAGUACGCAGAGAUGACAUAUCCCACUCAGAUCGCCCGUUCCUUUUUCAAGUUAGGCCAAAUACACGGGCAUGCAAAAAUCCAGUGGUCUCUGUUGAGCAUGGGCCUGCCGGAGCCCGUCAUGAAAAUCAUGGAGAGCUACCUCGUGUAUGGACGCACCUUCAAAGUGGAAGGAUACGACUUCUGAUCGGCCUGUGCACCACCAUUACUUCUCGUUCUUCUCUCGUGCCCUUCUACGCGUGGACUGGUUUUUCGUCAGAUCUGCCUCUCGGAAUCGUAGAUCGUUGUAUGUCGUCGACCGAGGCCCAUGCUUGUGCAUGAGCUUCAGGUCCUAUUUGCUAUCUUAUUCUCCAAUAGGUACUCGUCGUCAUUGAUUGCUGUUGGUUAGACUCAAAGUAUAUG